AUGGUAGUUGAUCAUCAAUAUCAACAUUUAAUUGCUUGGAAUUAUAUAGGAGCUUCUUUUAUCGUCUGUAAUGUCUUGGAAUUUUCUAAAGAUGUAUUACCAAAACAUUUUAAGCAUAGUAAUUUUAGUAGUUUUGUACGCCAGCUAAACAUGUACGGGUUUCAUAAGAUUAACAAGUCACCAAGGAUCUUAGCAGAGAAUCAAAUUUGGGAAUUUUCUCAUUCAAAAUUUAUAAGAGAUAGAAUAGACUUAUUAGAUGAAAUUAAACGUAAA